AAAGAUAAUAUAUAAAGAUGACCACCUCUUAGUUGAGGAGAUGCAUUUUGUGAUAUCGUUCAUCUUGUCCACUGUCUAUCUACCGCUUAGCUUUCAUCUCCAAAGAAUCCUGCAUAUAUAAAAUAUAUAUUCUCUUGCCGCCGGACGACUUCAUUCAAAUCAUUACCCUCAUUACGAACUCGCAUCUGUCCUCUGCUACUCACUACUAAAUAAAUAUAUCCACACCGCAAUCAUGCAAUUCACAUUCAUCACCAUUAUUUCCCUCAUCGCCGCCACGAUCGCUACACCUAUUUCUCGUAUGUUCUCGACAUUUCCUAUAUACUAAACUCGCUUCAUUUUCAUUAUCAUCAUCCCAUAUUGACUCUUAUUGAAAUUAUAUAAACUUCCUUCCUAUCCACUAACCAUAAAUAGAACUUCAAUCACGUCAAUCACCAGCAAUCGAUGCAUCUACUGCAUCUAUGAGUGAUGCGCAGGGAAAUGUUGUUGGUUUUGAUUCUAAAGGUGUUAAUCAAGGUUUGUUGGCCCUCCUCUUACUUUGCUCUGACUUCUCCUUUUUUAGACUUUCCAUGCCCUUUUUCCUCCUUUCUUUGGCCUUCUCCUUUCAUCGUUUCUAUCCCCCUUCCGUCUUUUUACGUCAACUGCGCUGUGAUACUGAUAAUAUCGCAUUAUAUAGCUGCUAAGAACUCCGGCGUGUAAAUCAGAUACAUGGAUACAUCUAGCCACUUUAACUUCUAUUUAAAGAAGGGAUUUAGAAUUGACAGAAAGUUUAUCCGGGGAGGUAUUGGGGAUGAUAUGGAUUAAGGGAAAAUACGAUGUAUGGAUUGUCUUGUAGCAAUGGGGUAAUUGAGUUUAGUUAUGGUUUAUUGGAUUAGAUUGUUCGAUGCCUUUUGUUUUGAAGCUAUUUAAACCAUUUAAGCUAUCGACUAUCGACUAUUGAAUGGAUGAAUAGGAAUGAAUGAUAUUGAAGUUGGUC